AUGAAACCCAAGCUCAUAAACCAUCCCCCAAAUAAAGAGAACACCAUUCCUUACUUCCAGUUCCAGGCGUCUUCCCCUGAAAGAUUCAUGGAUGAUGAGAAACUCAUACUUUUCGCCGGUGGAAAUAACUUUCAGAUAGUCUUCCAGAGCGAGGUUUUGAGUAAUGAAAUCAAGCACAUCUUAUCCACAGUAUCAUUGUAUAUCCUUAACACAUCGGUGAUACUCUUCAACGAUGACGAAGCCAAAGGAUUGGAGUUGCCAUACCAAAGUAUCGUGCUACAUGCCGUGAAAGCUAAUGCAUUAUAUCUUCAGAUAUCGUCCCAUGACUUAUUCCUAGACCACGAGGAGAUCAUCGAACUAAAUGUCAUACCAUCUGCUACGGCCAACCAUGAUGAAGUGUUUAGGGACAUUUCCCGGUCAUUAGAAGACAUUUAUAGAGCCAUGACCCAUUGUUCUGCGCUCAACUUUGAUGAAUCCUCGGAGAUCAGUGAUGUAAGUGAUCAUGGAUGGGAUGGAUGGGUGAUGUCAGGAGACGGUGAUGAUUUGGAUGAUAUAGUGGAGAAGGACUUGAAGGGAGCCGCUAUGAACAUCGACGUAGGGUUUGGACCUAUAGCGGGACAUAAAAGGAGAGAAAGUGAAGAUGACGGGUAUCAUAAGAAGGUGAAGAGCCGGAGAUGA